AUGGCUUCGGUCAAUUCAAUAUCAUCUGAGAAGGACAAUGAGGAGGAACGUGAAAUCAUGCAUGAUGAGGGAAUCGACGAUGAAGAGCAGGAAGAACUCAAUACAGAAAUGGAAAUGGAUCCUUCUCAAAGAGAACAUCUCGAAUAUCAAGCGCGACUGAGUGGAUUUUUGAAACCACUAGAUUUGAGUGACGCUGUACUGUACAGGCUGGCGCGUCGGUUCUCCGGUACAUACCGCCAUUUAGCCUUGACGUCAGAUCAACAGUUUUUACCAACACCAGUCACUCAGCUCCCAACAGGCGAAGAGACAGGCCGAUAUUUAGCUAUUGAUGUGGGUGGAAGCAAUCUCCGGGUUGCAUUCAUUGAGUUACUGGGUGAAGUGGACGAAUCUGAUGUUCGUUCUGCGGAUGCCUCGGAGAGGUCGCGCGAUACCAUUCGCAAGGCUCAGCGACAGCGGGUGAAGAGGACUCUGGAGCGUGCCUGGCCCAUCCAAGAGCAUUUGAAAAUGGAUAAAGCUGAAGAUCUGUUCGCUUGGAUUGGUGAUUGCAUUGCAGAGGUUGUGGCAGAGAGUCUUACCUCAGACGCAACCCGAAAAGAUGUCCCUGCAGAACUGGAUAUGGGCAUCACAUUCAGUUUUCCAAUCAUGCAAGAAUCUUUGGCAGAGGCUACAUUGAUGCCAAUGGGUAAAGGUUUCGCUAUCACAUCAAACCUCGAUCUACGUAACAUCCUUCUAAACGGGUAUGAGAAACACACAAGGCGACCAGAUGAUGAAGAUGAGCCGUCAUCCAAGCGCCGGAAGCUGUUCGCCCUGCCAAAAUUGAAGAUCCAAGCUAUUACCAACGACACAGUUGCGACACUCGCAUCACUCGCAUACUCCGUCAAGUCCUUACCGAAUAGUCGAGUUGCCAUGGGAAUUAUUGUGGGCACUGGUUGUAAUGCGACCAUUCCAAUGAAACUCAGCGAGUUGCAUGAAUCCAAGGCCAGAAGCGUCAAUACCAUGGAGCCAGGGGCCAAGGAGACCAUUGUGAACACCGAGUGGACUAUCUCUGGAGCAGCACCACCACUGCGGGAACUCAACAUCACAACCGGUUGGGAUAUCGAAUUAGACAAGGCUUGUGCACGUCCAGGCUUUCAGCCAUUCGAAUACAUGACCGGAGGUCGAUACAUUGGCGAAUUGAUCCGUUUGAUUCUUUUCGACUACCUCACCACUGUGACCGGGUUAUCGAAGCGCAUCCUGCCCGCAAACCUUAUUCAAGAAUACGCCCUGACCACCACCUACAUUUCCGACAAUGUAGCACGUGCGCGAUCAGACCAAGAUCUCGCAAAGGAACUCAAUGAAUCCCUCCCUCCCCCAGAGAGCAGUGACUGGCGCUGGGAUGCCCGAACCGCCGGCGCAUUCCGUCAAAUUGCUCGAGCGGUACAAAAGCGAUCUGCGGGUCUGAUCGCUGCUGCCGUGAUUGGGCUAUUAGCUUGCUGCCGCGAAAUUGAAUUGAAGGAAGAUAGCAACGUCAACACACCAGAUAAUGCAGCCUCGCCUCAAAGUAACGGUGAAUCCUCUAAUGCUGAUCAUGCUGCUAUCACUGAUGCAGUCGAUGCCACUUCUCAACCUUCCUUCCUGAAUAAUGUUCAUGGACAUGUGGUUCCGGUUUUACAACACACUCCAGUGGACUGGCAAUCCGGUCCAGAGGAAUUGGUAGUAGCCUACACCGGUGGUAUCAUUCAGCAUUAUCCGCAAUUUAAAGAAAUGUGCCAACAGCAUAUCGAUCGCCUCAUUAUGCGGACUGGUCCGCAACGAGGAGGCAAGUCGGUUUUUCUACGAGAGGCUUCAGAUGGUGGCGUCAUUGGUGCUGGUGUUUUGGUUGGUAUGGUUGUUAGCAAGUAG